AUGCAGAUCGCAGAGAUCCAGAUGGGUGUGUCCACAUCGUCUGAUGAGAUUCUGCAGGUAGGAUGGAGCUUUGCCCAGAAAGGAAUAACUUUCCAGCAGCUGGUGGGAGGGGUUGGAGUUGCACGCAAAGGGACGUGCGACCCUUGGCAGGGGGUCAAACAGGAUGCAGCUCUGCACCUGAUCUCUGAUACAGGUGGCAGAAGUGAGCUGUCAGAGGAUGUGGCCAUGUCGGGAAAAGUGAUGGCCGUGGUGAGGAGCUCCCUGCAGAAAGCGGUGCUCUUCCUCCAGCGGCUGCAGAAGGUGGCCGUGGCGUCCCCGCGCUACCAGAAACUCCGCAAGGACAUGCAGGGGGAAGCAGACCCCAACGGUGACAUCUUCAGGAGUGUUGAUGGCAGCCGGCCAAAGGGCGUCUCCGAGGAUGCAGUGUUCCUGAAGCAGCAGCGGCAGUCGUCUGGGGGUUUGACCCAGAACAGCAGUGAGCUGAAGGCUGCAUGCGACAGCAUCAGACUCUGCCCUGAGGCCAGUGCGGAGAGGUGGAGCCGCCUUCUGGCCCUCCUGGAGGAGCUGUGGAGGUGGCUGGGCUUGAAGGAUGAGGAAUUGACCCAACGCACACAAGUCGGAGGGGAUGCCCUGAGCCUGCUGCUGCAGCACAGCCACUGCACGGGGACAUGUUUUAAGUGCAUCUUCCAGACUCCCCAGCUCUACAGCACAAAGUCCUAA